UUAGUCGGCUCGUGACAACUCAAUCAGUUAGUUAAUGAAUGAUAAAUCGAGUCAGAGAUAGCUACCAUCAGUUAGGGAGCGGAACACUAGAAUUAUGAUCCAAAGCAAGGCAGCUAGUAAAGACUAGUCAAAGGGAGAAAUGAAAUUUAAUGUCAGCAAUUAUGAGACAUCUUCCCACGACCUUUCACUAGCUCUAAUUCUGUUCUCUUACAUCAUUCUAUCGCUAUCUGUGGAUUACUGCUAAGAAAACGUGUACACAAAACUAUACAAGGAAAAUUUACGACAUCUAACUUUACAUAGCAUGCUCUAGGAUUUUAUCACCUGCCCGUCGAGGCAAGAUAUAUUCAAUGUAACGAUAAAUAAAUAUUUCCUUAAAACUUCAUGCAUUGUUCAUCUUUCACAUUUUACAACAUGCCGUUGCAAUAAAUUUCAACCCUAACAACUGGUGACUCCGAGCGAAAGAAUUGCUGCCUUCUGAAGCUACAUUACCAACAAAUUGUUAUAUGCCGCUGCACUUUUGCUGACUUCGAACUAAAGAACUACCGUCUUCAUAUCAACAGUCGCUAAACCAAAGGAAUAAAAUGACAACCUUCGUCACCACCAAGAUGCACCCUCCUUCGACCUGCUACAAAAAGCUCUAUACUGCAAUCCACGUUACGAUGCACUCCACGAAAAUGCAACACUGCUGGUGCAUAAGGAAUUUGCCGACCAUGGAAGUCAAUAAAUGUAUCAUUUCCACAGCUACGUACCCAGAAACUAACUGGAUAAAAAUAUGGAAGCCCACACGUGCAACUUUUUCGACAGCCAUAGACUUGAACUUACUUUGCAUGCACCUAUUUUUGCAUUUCAAAUGCUACUUUUUAGCUUACCAUGACCAGAAGACUUUCUAACCAAGUUUGUCGGUUUUGCUUCAUUCGUUUUAUGUUUGCACUGCACACGCAUUGUUCACCUGUUUUUAUUACAUGGUUUCUGUUAAAUGUUCUUUUGAAUAUCUGCAAUUUGUUUCUUCGCAUGCACCUUUCCUAAGCGCCUGGCCUUGCGCACGCAUUUGCAUACAUUGUUACACACACACCUGUUAACUCUGUCACAUUCAUGUCCCACACAUGCCUUUCUCGCUUGUUUUUCAUACUCCCUGCGCCCUUGUAGACACAACUAGUCUCUGUAAGACCCUAGGUCGGUCACGCAUACAUAGAGAAAGUUGUUUGUUCCUUACAACGUGCCAGCAUGCCACACUUUCGCUCCUGCACGAUCGAGGCAUACCUCAUGCACCGACUGCUAUAUUCAACACUGCCUUAACCACUGGCAUAUUUAAUACUGUACACUGUAUUUGUAAUCAAUGACUAGCAUAUCUGCUUCAGCCUUACAAGCCCUGUUGCACACAUGCAUACACACUUCUAUUAUGCAUCUACUACCUUGUUUUGCAACACGUCUGUAACAGCUCAACUCUUUUCCCGGCUCAAAGCACGUCGAAUGUUCACAUCCUCUGCGCUCAUGUUUAGACAUAAUUUCCCCCUGUUAGACCCCUGUUUGGUCAUGAAAUUUAUAGAGAAAAUUAUCUGUCUCGCGCAUCACUCCAGCAUGCUUACUCUGUCGUCCUUGCUAACCUCAUCAAUUACCCACGACAACAGCACCAGACCCAUUUCACUUCGGAAAACCUUCAAGGCAUUUCACACACUGCAACCCUGCAAAAAGAUCUUUCAUAUCACGUAUUGAGAAUACACACACUCGCUCACCUGAGCUUAUUUUUCAUUGAAUUUCGAUACGUGCCCCUGCCCUCGUUUAUACGCCCUCACUUGCUGUACUGCCCAGUCACUGACUGCACACAUUUCGGCACGCAAAGCGACACCGCUAUUCGAACUAAUCCGAAUAGAAAACUCCCGUAUACACUUCAACGAUCCCCUCUCCUGAUUUGCAAAAUUUCUCCUCAGCCAUGCACUUCUUUCUCUCCUUCAAUCGUUCGUUUCCUUUCCUCGGAACCUCCCUAGGGAGAGGAGGGAUGUAGUGAAACUUGCAGGCAUGAAGUGGAAUCGAUCCACCAUAGCCAAAUUUAAAUUAACACUGCAACAGAACUUUUCUCACGGUGGAACAAUGGUUUUUUUCUGUGACAGCAGUUUUACAUUUUCCAGAUUUUACAUUUUCCUAGGCCGAAAUAAUGUUUUCACCACUUGACCUUUCUAACCUCUCAUAGACCACAAAAGCUCGAAUUAAGAUAACAAGACCACCAACUAAAUCCAUUGUUCUCAACGAUAUGUCUAUCCUUCUGGAUAGUUAUAAAAGCAAGAACCCCAAGCAAAAAUCAAGUCGGCUCGUGACAAGACUAUCAGUUACUUAAUGAAUGACAACUCGAGUCAGAGUUAGCUACCAUCAGUUAGGGAGCGAAACGCUAGAAUCAUGAUCCAAAGCUGAACGUAAAGACGGACGAAAUACCGCUAAGCAUUUUGUCUGGCGUGAUAAUGAUUCUGUCAGUUUGCCACUUUAAAAAUAUUAGUAAUAAUAGUUGCCAUUAUGUUUGUUGAUCAGACAAUAAGAUGAAGUAAAAAUUAAAUGAAACACGAUAAAGCUGAUCAAAGUUCUCAUCGCUACAGACAACUUAUCAGCAAUGAUUAGAUCACUGUUUUUCAAAAUGACAAGUACCAAUGAAAAAAACUUCUCGACCCACGUACAUCUUUUAUUAAUGAGUGCGUGUGUGUGCUUGUGUGUGUGUAUUUUCUGUCAUACCUACAGAAGUGUGUCCCCUGCCUCCGACUUUGUUUCCUUGUAGCUGUUAGAAAAAUGGAUUUUUUAAUGAAAUUUUUUACAAACACUUUUCAGGUAGAGUAUAUGUAAAAAAAAAAAAAAUUUUAAUCUGAUUGGCGCGCGCAUACAUAUUGACACAAUUAAUAAAUCUUCCAAAAUUUCUCGUUUUAUUUUGUAGAUACAUAGAAAAUGAUGUAUGAAUCUAUCACCUUUCCUUUUUACGUUAAAUUCCAGUAUAAUUGUAGUUUACACCACCUGAAAGGUAUUUGUGGAAAAUUUCAGAAAAAAAAUACCCAUUUUUUUCUAAAGUUAGUCGACUUGUGUGGAUUGUCCAAAAUUUCUUCCCCCACCACCUCCGAAAAAAUUGUUCACAAUAAAUUUCAGUAUAAUCACAAUUUACAUUAUCCGAAAGAAAUCUGAAGAAAAUUUCAUUAAAAAAUACCAAUUUUCUUGAAAGUUAUGAGACAACAAAGUCGGUGGGGGUCAAACUUGUAUAAUUAUGUCUUUUUUCUUUUCUUUGCAAUGAUGUCGGACAAGUUUUAAUAAGUUUAAAACCAUUUUAACUUUAUUAAACGUGACAAUUAUUGAACUUCUUUCUUUUUUCAAUUUUCACGUGCAUAUCCCGGGAAGGGAAGAGGACUGCCCCUCGAUCCCUCGGGAAAAUGCUGGGUUAACCUGAAAUGAAGUAAUGUUGAUAAUGUUAGACGUUCCAAAAUAUAACACAAGAAGUCGGUGAACACAAGCGAUGUGUUUGUCUGUUUGUUUAUUGACUCGUAAUGUUAGUUGCUUGUACUAUUAACUGCGUAGGGUAUAGAAUGCAACGUGUUGAUGACUACUUCAUUGUAAUGUGACUAGUUGCACAGCUGGUUUGUCUACAAAGAAAUCUUACAGCACGAUAAUUAUCAUACCAGCGGUCUUCUUCUCUAUAGAAUCCUUUUAUUUGUUGCAGUCAUUGGACUACGGCCAUACUGAGGCACCGUUUUGAAGGGUUUUUGAGGAACGAAUCGAUCCUCGACUUCGGUACAUUUUUUUUUUUUUAAGCUUAGUGCUUAUUCCAUCGUUCUGUUUUUCCGAACCGCUAAGUUACGAGGACGCUAACAAAACCGAUUGUGAAACGUGGUGGGAGACAUCACAAAGACACGCACAUAUAUUAUCUGUGUAUGUGUGUGUGAUAGGCUUUUUUUUAUCGUUUCCUUCAAUCAAAUCCGCUUGCGAUGCUUUGGUUGGCCCUCGUCUAUAGUAGAAGGCACUUUUUCAAGGUGCCACGCAGUGGACUGAACCCGAAAUCAUGAGGUUGGGAAGCAAACUACUUACCUCAGAGCCACGCCUGGCCCUGUAAAAGCUGAUUAACAGGCUGGGGCCAGAUGCAAAAUGUAGCAACCUGAAUAUUCCCUCUAGUUUCUGCGCGUGCACACGCAAUUUGCAACCAGUGCACAAAAGACAUGUUGUCUAACAUAAUGUAGCAAUUAAUAAGUAUCGUUAGUGAAAAUAAUCUCAUAACCAACUGUAUCAGUCGUAACAAGUUCGCUUUUGACUUUUAUAAAUCGUCUUUGUGUUCAUUUAGAAGAACAGGUUUCCUUGAAGAUACUUUUUCUUUUAAUUCAUUUAUUUAGUUAUUUUUAUCUCUUCCCCUCCCCCCAUUUCUCUGCAAUUGCUGAGAGACUAAUGCUUAAAAUGUGUCAUUAUUCUCAUGCUGAAAUAAAGUAAUUUUUAGGUUUACAUUUGCGCAAACAUUCAGUAUGUACAUGCUUUUUGUCAUAGAAAAAGAUAUUUUGUACCGCAUAAGAAUUUUUACGCCCACAGACAAAUGAAUUAAAGGAAAACAUUGUUCUCUCCUAUCAUUAUUUCAACUGGUGCCAAGGUGCCAAGUCAGAUGUCAACUAUAGGCUUCGUGUUAACUUGGUCAUUAAUAAUCAGCGCUAAAUGUAUGAUUUAUAUAUGAGUCACAGGUAUAUAUAAUGUACACAUAUUGUGUAAGAUGUACUCAUAAGUAACUGGACCAGAACACUUUAUGAUAGAGAUAAUUCUUUCCCAAAGAGUCCUGCUUUUGAGGAACAAUAGUUUUCCAUCCCUCCAAAUUCGUAGGUCAUAAAUAACUAACAAGGGUGUGCUGCAAACCACAUUAGGCCGCCGCUUUAUUGAUAUGAGAUUGCUAUAGUCGAAGUUAUGUUACGUUUUUGGAAGCGGGGAAAGCCAAAUCUAGGCUAUGACAACUAACCUUUUUUAUCUGUUCUGGCCUGACAUUAAGUGUUCAUUUAUACAGUACUGUUCGAAGGCGUGGGUAUGUCGAACAAGGGUAUAGGGGUCCAAUUUCAUCUAUGUAUUGCUGUCAAUAAAUAAAUACUACAUGUCCCAGAGUAUUGAUUUAUCCGGGGGCCUGUAAUACUACGAAGACAACCCUGCAUCGACAUAGUUUUUCAUAACAUUGUAAUAGCUUAUUGUAAUAGCACAGAAUAAAUAGUCCAUUUCCAAAACGAGUUCAUUUCGCAUGAAGAGUCGCGAGUCCUGGUAGAAAUAAGGAAUUUUCCGAUUUAGUCAGGAACGUGGUGCGAGUAGGCAGUUUUCAAAGUAAUGCACAGUAUGAACUUUGUUUCCGCUAUACUGUUAUUCUAGAGAAUCGUUAACUGCGUUAUCUCACCAUACCAAUUAAAAAUAAAAAGGAGAAAUCAACCCUAGCCUCGAAGUAAUAUUUGUAGUGUUUGCGUCUAAGUGUUACUAAUGUUGUCAAGGAAACAAAAAUGAUCGAUAGCCGGGAUCAAUUUUCGCUCAGUUUAAAUCGAAACUGACAGUGACUUUCUUUCAUUCUUUCGAGGACAAUAAAAAUAAGUACCUGUUACAAUAAUACUAUCGAUAUAAUAACCUAUACCGCGCUGGAAAAAUGCUUAGCGGUAUUUCCCCGCGGUUUUAUGUUCAGAGUUCAAACACCGCGGGGGUCGACUUUGUCUUUCAUCUUUUGGGGUCGAUAAAUGAAGUAUCAGUUGAGCAUUACAAGUCGAUGUUAUCGACUUAUGUCCUCCUCCGAAAUUACUGGCCUUGUGCCAAAAUUUGACAUCGAUAUAAUCACUUAUACCUUUUGUCCAUUCUAUUCUGAAUAUCACCAAAAUUUUCCUCUAAAUCACAUUCUAUCCAUUUAAAACAAAAGACACGACAGAUCUUAAAUAGACUCUAUCUGAAAAAAAAAAAGAAAAGAAAGAAAACGGAAAAGGAAGAAGACAACAUAGCGACGACUGGAAUGUCUUUACAAAUCUGCCUGCUCGAUCAGAGCUGACCUGGGGCUAAACAACAACAGCAGAAAAUAGUGUUGUAAUUAUAGUAACAGAGUUAGUAGAACUGAAGAUAAUGGUAAGAUAAUGGUCCAAGCUGACUGACUUUCUUAAAGUGACAUUUGAUUGGUCAACUCAAAUGUUACGUCACUACUGAGAAAUGGCAGCCAUGAAACCUGGAAAUACAGAGAGGGGAUGGAAUGAUCCCCCAAUGUUUGACUAUUCUAGUGUCAACACUAAACAGACACAUCCAAGAAGAACACUGCUGAAUAAAAGAGUAGCUUAUCCUAUGUCUAAUGAUGCGGCUAAUGCUGCAAAUUUAUCACAAAAUGAAGAACAAACUGGAGCACUAUUAAAUCCUGGCUGUGGUCCACCACCGUUGGGUAAUGUCCAGCUACUACCCCCAGCAUCAAACACCAAUACACCAUGUCCUGUUCCUCUUCUUGUUCCCGAGUUGAGUCAGCAUUCUGGUCUGGACCUUUCAUCUUCAGAAAAUAAUUCAACCAUACCACCUGGACUGAUAGACUUCCCCGAAGCUAUUGAUGGUCUUUUGGGAAAACUGUCACUGAAAAGUGAAGAAGAGCUGCAAGAGUAUGUUCUUAAUAAUAUCAAUGUUGUGUUUGAAAAAUGCAAAGGUUGUUUGCAGGUCCGAACAAUUGAGGAAGUGAAACGGAAGCUGGAGAUUUUUAAAGAAUCUUGGGAUAAAGGCCAACUACCAGAUAUUGUGAAAAUAAAGAUGACACACUUAGCUUGUGGUAUGUCAAAAAUAUUUAACCUUAUUAAAUCCUCAUUGUCACUUGAGCUAAUGGCUGUAACAAGUCUAUACAUUGAUUUGAACAUGAGACCUAUUGCUUUCAAUCAGAAGCAUCAGCUGCAGGGUUUGGCAGAUUGGGUAAACCAAUGGAUGGUUGGAAUAAAAAGAGUGAUACAACAUGCCAUGAAGUUUCAAGCAUCAUUGAACCAAAAACUGGAAGAUGCCUCUAAAGAAGACAAAAAUGAUAUUCCACUCUGCAAUGUAGGAGACUUUGCUUCAGAUUGUACUGAUACAAAAACAGAUCCAGUUGAAAAUGCAAAUGAAAAUAUCAUUGCAAAGUUUGAUGGAUAA